CACCACUCGUCCAAGACCUCGCCAGCCACGUGCGACGGUUGGACGGCCGCGCUUCUCGCUUCUCCGCCUCUUGAGUCGCGACAGCUUGGCCUAUCCAACGACAUCCCUCCCAUUCAUACUUGCAACCAUUCGUACUUGCGUCAGCUCGACCGCCGGAAACCCCGCAGCCCCACCAUCAUGAUCCGUAGACAGAGCGCAAAGGGAGAAUGGAUUCCCUCUUCAGGGCAGUGGCCGGUCGGCCCGCAGGAGGAUGUCGCCAUUGACAAAAGCCGCAUCUGGGUCGACGGGUGCUUCGACUUUAGCCACCACGGCCAUGCCGGCGCCAUGCUGCAGGCGCGCCAGCUAGGCACGGAGCUGCUCGUCGGUGUGCAUUCGGACGAAGCGAUCCUCGAGAAUAAGGGCCCGACGGUGAUGCGCCUGGACGAGCGUGUAAUGGCAGUCGAGGCCUGUCGCUGGGCAACGCGAGCGAUACCGAAAGCGCCGUACGUCACCUCGCUGCCAUGGAUAUCACACUACGGGUGUUGGUUCGUGGUUCACGGAGACGACAUCACCUCGGACAGCAGCGGGCAGGACUGCUAUCGCUACGUGAAAGCCGCAGGGAGGUUCAAGGUCGUGAAGCGAACACCAGGCAUAUCAACAACCGACCUCGUCGGGCGCAUGCUGCUAUGCACGAAGACGCACUUUAUACAAUCGCUAGAGAAGAGGUUGGCAGGCGAGGAGGGGCCUGGUGGAGAGGACGAGCGCAAAGAGACAGGAUCAGCUAUGCUGCAGCGGAUAAAGGACUACGCGACAGACGCAACAGGUCUUGCUCCGGGCUGCGACGUGUGGUACUGGCAUGCAUCGAAGCCUGCGAAGCUCCGGCGGACCACGCAGAGCUCGUCUAGCGAACGACGGCCGAGCGCACCCGGUCGCCAGGAAUCGGCCAACUCAACUCAUCAGCAUCAUCAUCACCAUAGCUCUGUAAAGGAAGAGAAGGGCAAGUUUCAGCAGCUGGUAGAGGGCAAGGGGGUCAAGCCGGGGCAAGCAGUUGUCUAUGCCGAUGGAGGAUGGGACCUGUUUUCUUCGGGCCAUAUCGAAUUUCUCCGGCUGGUCAUCGAUGCUGAAGAGAGCGCCGCAAAGGAGAGGGGAUGGUACACUGAAGAAGCCAAGGGAGAGCGAGUAGAAAAGACUGGCGGAGACUAUGGGCCUGUGUUCCUGGUCGCGGGGAUCCACGACGACGAAGUAAUAAACCACUGGAAGGGCAUCAACUACCCCAUCAUGAACAUCUUCGAGCGCGGGCUCUGCGUCCUGCAAUGCAAGUACAUCCACGCCGUCGUCUUCGGCUCCCCCUUCUCGCUCUCGAAAGCCUUCCUCUUGACGCUCCCUUACGGCACCCCAUCAUCCGUCUACCACGGCGUCACCAAUUUCAUGCCGCUCACAUACGACCCUUACGCCUCCGCGAAAGCCCUCAACAUCUACCGCGAAGUUGCCAACCACAACUACCAAGACGUUAAUGCCGGAGAGAUAGUAGAUAGGAUCAUGAAGGGAAGAGCAAUGUACGAGGAGAGGCAGAAGUUGAAGGGCGAGAAGGGCGUUACGGAGGAGGCCGAGAAGCGGAGGCAGGAGCUGGAGAGGGAGGCUGAAAGGGAGAGGAGGAAGAGGGAGGUUGAGGGGCAGUUUGGGCUGUAGGACGCUGUUUUUCGUAGUAGUGGGAUUGUUAUAGCAUGAAUGGCUUACUAGAACGACUUGCUUGCAUGCAGAAUCUUCGAUAUUCAACAAUCAAGAGGCCUUAG